AUGGAUGCUGCCAUGAAGGAUGUUAUCGAUGACUUGGUUUGUAUUAAACACGAAAUAAUUCCUCCCACAAGCCGUAUAGACGCAACCAAUAGUUCUGCACCAAAUAUAGACAAGGGAACAUGUCUUCGGUCAGGUACUUUGAUAUCAAUGGCUGAUGGUACAAAGGUCGUUGUCGAAGAACUCAAUCCAGGAGACAUAGUUGUGGGUAAGAAUGGUGCACCGUGUCAAGUUCUUGGUAGAAAUGAUCACCUUUUUGCUACGCAAAAUGAUGAAUGGAUGUAUAUUGAUACAGAUCUUUCUCACCAUAUGAAUCCUCUAAAUAAAAAAUUUUCUUCUACUAUGAAAGUUCACUGUUUACUAGUAACAGGUGGUAUUUACGUGGAAAAUAGAUAUGUUACUCAUGAUAGCAUGCCAAACUUGUUAGCAUGGCCGGCUUGUAUGUCAACUCCAAGAAUGUUUCCUACAAUAGAUUCUCUCGAUGACGCAGAAUAUAUCCGAGAACUAUCUUAUCAAAUUUCUACAGAAUGGAAAAAAAUAAUUGAAAUAUCAGCUUCUUGUAUGAGUUUAAAUGAUGUUGAAAAAGCUAUUAAAUUAUCAAUUGAAAAAUUUAAAUAUUUAAUCUGUGGCGACCAGGAUUCCUUCAAGAAAUUCUUAAUAAACCUGCGUUAA